AUGUCAGAAACAGUUCAAUUAAACGAACAAAACAUUCCCGUAGUCGUUAAUAACAAUAGAAACGAAUUGGCUAUAAAUUAUUCGGUUAAAAUUGGUCGCGGAAUUUUACGAAUAAUAGGUGGCUGGCCACAUAACGAAAAAACAUCAACCAUAGAAAAGAUUUAUAGUUAUUUCGCGAAAAUCUUAUGUUACUUUUUAUUUACGUUUAUUCUCCUGCCUGGUUUGUUGAGAAUAUUUUUAAUCGAACAAAACGUAAGAAUUCGAUUGAAAAUAUUUGGACCACUUUGCACCUGUUCUAUCAAUGCUACGAAAUAUAGUAUUUUAAUGACGCGUGGUAAAAAAAUUAAAGAGUGCAUGCAACAUGUUAGAGAUGAUUGGAAAAAGGUUGUAUUGGAAAAAGAUUACGAAUCUAUGAUGUCACAUGCAAAAGUUGGUAGAACAUUGGCACUAAUGUCGGCAUCGUUUAUUUACGGUGCUGGAAUGUCUUAUCGUACAAUUUUACCACUUACAAAAGGGAAAUUAAUUAUUGGAAAUGUUACGAUAAGACCCCUAGCAUGUCCAAGUUAUUUCGUAAUAUUCAACGAACAAGAAUCACCCGCUUACGAGUUGGUAUUUUUCCUACAAUUUCUCGCCGGUUUUUCUGUUUAUUCGGUCGCUUGUGGGGUAUGUGGUUUGGCAACUUUUUUGAUCAUGCACGUAUGCGGUCAACUUGAAAUUCUCAUGAGAAUGAUGAGAGAUAUCGUUGAUGGGAAAGAUGAGAAUGAUUCUGAUGCAGAUAAACGUAUUGCUGAGGUAAUUCGACACCAAAUUCGUGCUAAGAAUUUUGUAAAAGAUGUCGAAGAAAUUCUGCAAUAUUUGUGCAUGGUUGAAAUAUUGGGUUGCACUAGUCUCGUUUGUCUUGUUUUGUACUACUUAAUUAUGGAAUGGGAAAACAGUGACACGACCGGAUUGGUCACUUAUUUCGUUUUUCUUCUAUCGUUUGCCUUUAACAUGUUCAUUUUUUGUUACAUCGGUGAACUUCUUUCGGAACAGGUGCCAAAUAUUUCGUCACCUUAUAUAUAUCCUUUUUUUUGUCCUUUUCAGGGUACAAAAGUUGGCGUAACUUCGUGUACUCUUAAUUGGAAUCGUCUUCCGACGAAAAGUGCACGAAGUUUGGUAUUAAUAAUACUCGCGUCUAAUCAUCCGAUUAAAAUAGUUGCCGGUAAAUUGAUGGACAUGUCAUUGAGUAAUUUUAACAACGUAAGUAAUUAAAAUGAUAUUUUAAAUCUACAAA